AAAAUGUCAGGAAGGUACAUUCUAUUUUCUACUUUCGAAGUAAAAUCGAAAAAAAAUAUUAAAACAAAAUGAAAUUCUUCGCUAUUGUCGUUUUCGUUGUACAGGCUGUUCUCAUUCAGAACGCCUACAGCCAGUGCCUCAGAGGUCUUUCCCCUCUAGUCUCCGCUCCCUUGGCGGUUUCCUCACCAAUUACUACCAUAGCCCAACCAAGUGUUGCCGCUAGCCUGGCUGAUACUCUCUCCUUGCUGACUGUCAGCAGCCUUCUGUCUGAGACUCUACCCCUGAACCCUAAUGUGGUGGCUGCAGUCCCUGUACCUGUUCCAGUAGCCACUGGAUACCCUUACUCCUAUGGUGGAUGCGGGUGUGGGUAUGGAUACAACAAUCUUGGAUACAGCUACAUUCUUUAAGUUUUUGACGAUGUGUAUAGGCGUUGGGAGGGAAGAUGCCAGGGUGAAUUAAUGGUAUAAAUGCUGGUCGAAUCGGUGGAUAGAAGAAUUUAUUAAUGCUAUAAGCUUUUAUGUAGAUUGGCCAU